GCCACUUCGAUAAAUAGUCUACUUCCCUGCUUGACAGGCUCCACCUACCUUUUACUUAUCCCCACCAUCAUCAACAACGAUGAACGAUACAGCAUCCAUCUCGCGGCAGACCUCCAUCUCGCGCGCGAGUCGACAGGGCUCGACCGUGAGCAGGAGCCAGUCGCUCAUCAAGAAGAAUAUUGCCCCGCAUGAUUUGAGGCCCUCGGAUGUGUUGAUUGAGAGGUUUGUUGCGUGGAAGGUCAUUGUGAAGCAGCUCAUCGCGUACUUCGAGGGUAUCGCGGACAUCGAGAACAAUACCGCGAAGGAAAUGACGAAGCUCGGCGCCGUUAUCCAAGUUCCCUUCCGCUCUGGUAACCAAUUCCUCGGCGAAGGCGGUCUCCAAGACGUAUACUACUCCAUCCGCGACAAGACCCGCAUCAUCGCUGACCAGCACGCCAACCUCGGCCGUACGAUCGACAGCUCCAUCGUUCAGCACCUUCAGAAGCUCCGCGUCGAGAUCAAGGCCCAUAUCAAGAAUGUGCAAAACGACACUGGCAAGCUCGCUACCUCCGUGGCCAAGGAGCGCGAACUUUCUACGCGUCUCAUUUCGGAGCUCUCGACGAAUAUCUCCGUGUUCAAGAACACACCUAUGCAGGUUACGUCGAAGACUGAUCCUUAUGUCGCCAACCAGGCCGUCAUGCGCCAACUCCAAAAACAAAUCCACGAAGAAAACGCCCUCCAAAAAUCCAUAAUCAUCAUGCAACAAAACUCCGCCCACUUCGAAUCCGGAAUCGUCCGCGCCCUCCAAUCCGCCUGGGCCACCUUCGACGAAUGGCAGUCCCGCCUCUCCGCCUCCGUCCAAGCCACCUGGUCCGCCAUGGGCACUCAGUUCGCCGAACUGGGCCCGGACGAGGAAUGGGUUGCCUUUGCGGCUAGGAGCGAUCAUUUGUUGGACCCGGAGACGCCGUUGAGGAGCGCGGAUGUGAGGGGGGAGGAGGUGAGGUGGCCGAGUAAGGAGGAUCCGAGCGUGUUGCCGGUGCAUGAGGGGUGGAUGGAGAGGAAGAAGCGGUAUACGCGCGCGUAUAAGGAGUCGUUCUACGUCCUCACUCCCGCUGGGUUCCUACACGAAUACGCGGGGAGCGAUCCGAAGGCGGGCAACGGGCUGCCCAUCUUCUCGCUUUUCCUGCCGAUGUGCACCCUUGGACCGGCGAGCUCGAUCGGCGCGAAGAGUCAUAAGUUCCAUAUCGAGGGGAGGAAGGACGGGAGCGGGACGUUGAAGACGGGGAGUAUUAGGAGUUUGACGGGUAGGGUUGGUGGGGGUGGUGGAUCGGGACAUGCGUGGAGCUUUAGGGCGAGGAGUCAUGAGGAUAUGAUGGAGUGGUGGAACGAUAUUAGGAUGUUGUGUGCGAGGUAUCUCGUUGCGAGUGAGCAUAUGGAGAGGAGUGGGCCUGUGCAUGCGGCGGUUAGGGCUGCUGGAUAUGCGAGUGAGGAUGAUGGUGAGGGGAGCGAGGACGAGGGCUCGAGCGUUGAGGAAGAGGAGGAGGAAGAAGAGGAGGAAGGUGGAAGGAUUACUGGCGUUCAUGGACAGAGGAUGCCGGGUGGGACUCAUGAUAUCGAUGGAGAAGGGACGGACGAGGAAGUCACCGGAGAGAGAUACGAGGAGGCAAGAGAAGGCGCCGUCACCGACGGAGAGGACUUGCCCAGUUAUUCUCACCCAACCAGGGACUCGGGGAUCGAGAUUGGAGCGAACGGAUAUGCGCUCGACAAGAAGCACACCUCGGGCUCGAACGGCGUAGGCCGUAAAGCCUCGCUCCGCCAACAGGAGAAAGCCCCCGAAGGUCGCGCCGCUCACGUCGACGCUGAUGGAUCUGGCCCAAGUGGCGUGGACGGGCUUGGUCCCACUACCUCUGGCGGGAGUGUGGGCCAGGCGCCGAUUGAGAGGUCGGAGAGUCGGUUCACGGAGGGGUUGUAAGGUCUCCGUCGUUUGUUCAUCCAUGUCUCAUCGGUACGCUGAAUAUCCGUUUGAUUCGUUUCUUCUCCUUCGUGCACAUUUCUCUUCCGUGAAGAAGUUGUUAUCUCUAGUCUUGAAUGCCGAACGAUGAACGACGAGUCGCCUUGUUUUCUUUGGAUGUAUAGUAUUGUCUCCUUGUAAUUGUGGUUUUUGUGUAUCGACCUGUCUUCAAGUUCCGAGUCGUGUACGAUAUUUUGUUGUUUCGUAUAGUUGUCUCCGUAGCCCUCGUUCUGUCCAUGAAUAUGUGGCUUUUUCCUAUUGUACGAAUUGUUCGUUUGACGCAUUACAAUCGGGCAAUGUAAAGGCGCACAAUGUAGGUAGUCCAUGGACGCAAAAACAACAGGACCUGGGUUUAUAGAGGG